ACACCAGACACCAGCUCACACCCAGAGCUCACACCCAGAGCUCACACCAGAGACAGGCUCACACUCAGAACUCACACCAGACACCAGCUCACACCAGCUACCACAAUAAUCAGAGGAUCUCAGAUCACAAUCAGUGCUGACACCCAGAGACCAGACAACACGACCAGAGACCCAGAGCUCACGGACACCCAGAGGAUCUCAGCUCACAAUCUGGAGGACCUGAGCUCACAGCAGCCCAGAGAGACUCUCACUCUCUCUUAUUGCAAAAUGUGCUAAAUGUUGAGCCUGGAAGCAGCCGCCUUUCCUCCCCCCAAUGGUACAGACCAACAUGGCCAGGACUCUCUCAGGCUCCCAGGAGAUCCAGAUGGAUGUGUUUGAUAGCUCAAACCUACAGGGAAAAUACGCUAAAAGGAAGAGUCGUUUCAAACGCUCUGAUGGGAGCACGUCCUCAGACACCACCUCCAACAGCUUCGUCAGGCAGGGCUCUGCGGACUCCUAUACCAGCCGGCCCUCAGACUCGGAUGUCUCCCUGGAGGAGGAUAGAGAGGCGCUUCGCAAGGAGGCUGAGUGCCAGGCUCUUGCUCAGCUCGAGAAGGCAAAGACCAAACCUGUGGCCUUCGCGGUGCGGACGAAUGUGGGGUAUAACCCCAGCCAGAGCGACGAGGUCCCUGUGCAAGGAGUGGCCAUCUCCUUUGAAACAAAAGAUUUUCUUCACAUCAAAGAGAAAUACAACAAUGACUGGUGGAUAGGCCGACUGGUCAGGGACGGAUGUGAAGUUGGAUUCAUUCCGAGUCCUGUAAAGCUGGAGAACAUGAGGCUGCAACAGGAGCAGAAGAUGAGGCAAGGCCGACUGUCAAGCAAAUCAGGUGGAAACUCGAACUCCAGUUUAGGAGAGGUGCCUGCCCCCAAGCGAUCAACAUCGCCUGCAGCCGGUCAGGCGGACGUGUCUAACAUAGUUUUUGACCUAGAUGCUGUUGACUUAGAUGUGGAAGAGAGUCAGCCCCAGACAAACCACCGAUCCCCUAAAACAAGUUCUAGCAGUGUCACCACUCCGCCAGCCAAUGCAAAGCGGAUACCUUUCUUUAAGAAGCAAGAAAAUAUCCCUCCUUACGAUGUUGUGCCAUCCAUGAGACCCAUCAUCUUAGUGGGACCGUCACUGAAGGGCUAUGAGGUGACUGACAUGAUGCAGAAAGCUUUGUUUGACUUUUUGAAACAUAAGUUUGACGGAAGAAUAUCCAUUACUCGGGUCACUGCUGACAUCUCUCUUGCCAAGAGGUCAGUGUUGAACAAUCCUAAUAAACACACGCUAGUCGAACGCUCCAGCACUCGCUCCAGUCUGGCUGAAGUUCAGAAUGAGAUUGAGCGAAUCUUUGAGUUGGCCAGGACUCUGCAGCUGGUGGCUCUCGAUGCCGACACCAUUAAUCACCCCACACAACUUGCUAAAACCUCCCUGGCUCCCAUCAUUGUCUAUAUAAAGAUUGCCUCACCUAAGGUACUGCAACGUCUGGUAAAAUCCCGGGGCAAGUCACAGGCCAAGCACCUCAACGUGCAGAUGGUGGCGUCAGAUAAACUGUCCCAAUGCCCCCCGGAAUUGUUCGACAUCAUUCUGGACGAGAACCAGUUGGAGGAUGCGUGUGAGCACUUGGCGGAUUACUUGGAAGCGUACUGGAAAGCCACCCACCCUGCGAGCUGCAACCCCCCAAACCCGCUGCUCAACCGCACCCUGGCCAACGCCGCCCUGGCCUCCAGCCCUGCUCCCGUCUCCAACCUGCAGGUACAGGUGCUCACCUCCCUGCAGCGCAACCUGGGCUACUGGGGCCUGCGAGAGAUCGACGAGCCCAACAAACAGCCGCAAGAAGCCGAGGACUCCGUUUAGCCUCCACGGGCACAGGGAGGAGAGAACGUCAGUCAUGGAGUCACUCUAAAAAGCCUUCCCUGCCUCCCACUGCCCCCCUCACACACCCCCACUACCCAUGGCUGUCUCCAUUUUAUUUUGCCUUCCCACACAACUGAGUUGCACGUGGUCAACUGCUAACCGUAAUUUUUUUCAAGGGGUCGGGUGGAACAAAUAACGUGAUUGGAAUGCCCGCCCACUACUCCCUGUCUAGAGGCUCCUGUCUUGUCUGUAAUUUGGUCCUUGUUCCCGCUCGGGGUGGGGGGGCGGUGCGGGGGAAGGGAGGCUGAUGAGUGGUGACAACAAAGUGAUGCAAACGGUGCUUGGCUUUCAACUUCAGCCACAUUCCCGGCCAGUAGGUUGGCAGAGCAGGACUCGCAGUUUCAAGCUGUUUAUGUGUGGAGGGGGUGGUGGGGGGGUACGGCAUUAAUUCAGUGUGAGCUAAUCCCGACACUGAAACUGAACUAAACCGAGUCAAUGACACCCAGGACAGUGUGGGGGUGCGUGGGGGAGGGGUUGGUUGAGGGGGGCGUUAAAAUCCCCAAAUAGAGGUCGCAAAUAACCAAUCCGCCAGUGACCAGGGUCAGCGUGACUCGCCUCUGGUGACCAGCAGAGGGCGGUAUGAGCCAACCCCAGGAAUAAUAAUCCUUGUAUUUGAUACAGAUCCUCAUCAACG